AUGGCUGUCAACUCUGAUCCCCUGGUCGUCUUCCAAUUCAUCGGUGAUGUGGUUGAGAUGUUUGAGCCAUCAGUGAGCAUGUCUCUUUACUUUGAUGACAAGAAUGUCACCAAUGGCUCUGAUGUCAAGCCAUCUCUUGCUGCUUCUGCUCCUCUAGUCACCAUCGGUGGAGAACCUGGUAAAUUCUACACUUUGGUGAUGAUAGAUCCCGAUGACCCUAGUCCAAGCGAGCCAACCCUGAGAGAGUGGGCGCACUGGAUUGUAACUGACAUCCCAGGCGGCAGUAUUGCUUCUCAAGGUGAAACUCUGCAAUAUCUAGUCUUAGUACGUAGCACAACCUAUACAUGA